GGGUUAUUUCGCACUUGGAAAUAACGGGCCCAGUAUUAUCGUGAGUCAUCACAUGUUCUGGUCGAAUCAUAACAUAAUCUCCAGCCUGAACAGUAUGUCCUUGAGGUAACCCAACCGUGUAUCGUUCAACGACUUUUUCAAUCACCGUUUGAGGUGAUCUUGAAGAUGUUCCGUAUGUUAUGGAUGUGGCAUAAGUUCGCGAUGUAGAAGCGGUGAUAUUCAACGAGCUCUGAUUUUUAGUCAAGACGGAAGAGCGCAGUGCCUUUGCACCUCGAUGAGUCCUUCGAGGUAUCAUCAAUGCACCGAAACAAUUUCUUACCUCCGCCAACUACUGGCCAAUUAUAAACGCUCAUUUUGCUUAUGUAAAAUGUUCAAAAACUUCAGGUUCAAGUCGCGAUCUUUGUCUCUUGCCACUUGUGAACUGCUGGCCAGUCUCACAUUUUCUCGCAUCCUAAUCUUGCUUUCUUUCCGACGUCACAUAAUGCUUUUCAAAGCCAGCUAUCUGUCAAUUUACGCUAGUUUUCUACUAGCAGCAUAUGCUGCACCUAUCCAUUCACUCCCUAUCGUCCAUAUCAAAUUCUACUUCGCAAAUCCAGACAUAGCGACUCCUGGCACAGGCUCAAGCUUACCUUGGGUUAAGGAGACUGUAAAAUCUGUCACAGAUGGCAUCAGGUUGAAUAAUGACGCAAAAGCAAAGUGGAAGCCUCAAUACCACAAUCGGUUGGACUACGACCUGAGUGUACUUUCUUUUUAUUAUUGGGGCGAUGGAGUAGGUCAUGACUGCAAGAUGGAAGAGUCUUCUUGCUUCGCUACUGGGACCCAACAUGGUGAUGAAUGGCACUUUGAGAUAUAUGGUAGUACCAAUGCUAUGCUAUAUGAAUCACCAGGACUUGCAUGGUACUCCGUAGUAAUCAUAGAAUUUCCUGAGGUAGAUGCCUUGUUUACCUCGAGUUCAUAUCCACAUAGAGCCCUGCUCGUUAAUCACUGUACUUAAAAUUUACCAGCUUUACACAUGAUGUAUGAAUCCCCUCAACUACCUCCAAAUCGAUUGUUUAGAUGCUCUUGGAGCUUGUUUGAAAAGAAUAGAGACGUUGAACACGCCUACAGGCAUAAUCUUGGAUAGCGAGUCGGACGACUACU